AUGGCCGAACGUCGAGGUCGCAUUCCUGUGGCCAGGUUUCGCACCCAGGAGGCCAAGACCCGCAGCAGGAGUCGCGUCCGGGAGCCAGACUAUAAUGAGCAGGACCCGGAGCACGAUGUGUUCACGCUGCUGGAGGACAACAUCGCCCUGAGGGAGGAGAACAAAGCGCUCAAGCUUGAGAUCGAAACACACAAAACCACUCAGGAGGAGCAGCAAGCUCAGCACGAGAAGCUGUGUAUCCAACUGGAGUCCCUGCAACAGCAGCAGGCCAACUUUGAGUCCCAAAUCAAGGAGUUGAGCUCCAAAUUCAACAAGGCUUUGAACGAGAGGAAUGCUUUAGAUAAGUUGCACAAAAUGAAGGUCGAUCAGAUCCACAAUCUCACCAGCGAGCUGGAGCACAUGCGUGAAAAGCAGCAUGAUCAGAGUCCAGGACCUAUCUCCCGACCGGUUAUCGGUUCGGUGGAGCUUAAACGCAAACUAUUCAAGAUUCUGCAACAAGGUAGUGCCGAUAGUGCCGACAGUCUUGGUAAUCAUGACCUGGAUAGUUUGGUGGAUGUGAACUCGGAGGGAGUGCCUAUUACCUCGGGCCUGAUGGAGCGUUUAGCCGAUGAGUUUCUUACACUCAAGCAUUCAACUAAUGCAGUGGAGCUACAGCUUUAUGAAGCCAAUGAAAAGAUGUCGGAGCUAUUAGAGCAGCAACACUCAUUGGAGGAGGAGAACGAAACACUACGCACUGAGAACAGCAACCUUACCAAAGUGGCCAAGUUGCUCACCGAAAACAUGAAGGAGAGUGUGGAAACUAGCCAGAAAAUGGAGGCGGCGCUGAUCAAACUAAAGCAACGCAACGACGAGCUCACUGCCAGGACCCGGGACCUUACUGAUGGACAGCCGGGCACCAGGACCAGUACCACAUCGAGCGUGCUAAAUGAACAGGAGGAAUUCGAGCAGAUCCAGGAUCAGGUGCAGCAGCAGGCCCGCGAGCACAAUGAGCGCAUCGUGGAAAUGCAAAGUCUAAUGGAUGCGGCUAUUGCCAAAACUACUAACGAUGAACUAAAAAAAUUACAACUUAAGUUGGAGAUUCUCGAGGAGCAGCUGCGCGAGGCAGUGCUGCGGGCUGAUCGCGCCGAGGAUCAACUGGCGCGCUACCAAGAGGCCGAGCAAAAGUCCCUGGCAGCUCCACCUCCGCCGCCGCCACCACCGCCUCCGCCUCCCAUGCCGGGCAAGCUGUUCGCAGGGGCAUCUGGUGGAGACUGCGGAGGUGGGAGCUUCAGUGAGAACAUUGCUGGCCACAGUUUGCGCAAAGGCAGCGGCGACAAGAUUAUCGAUAAUGUGAAGCAUCAGGUACAAGCCGAAGCAGCAACAGGUCUUGACGCUCUAGUGCGGGAAUUCAAGUCGGGCGGCGUGACACUGCGGAGGCGAAAUCGACGCAAGACCGGCACCAGCGAGGCCCUCAAGGAGAUGUUCCAGGUUUUGGAGAUAAGUCAGAAGCAGAAUCGCAACUCCAAGAUAUGCGUGGACCUGCACUCAUCCCGCGGAGUGGAUGUAUAAUCCUCGAACUGC